AUGUAUGGAAAACGUCAACGCCAAAACGACAACAUGCCUCCAAUGUUUGAUAUCUACCGUAAGCCGAUGUUUGACGAUUCAAUUCGAAAGGCUGAAUACAGAACCUAUGCUCCAUUUAUAAAGUCAUUCAAUUGCAGUGACAUUGUGGAGUUUAGCAUUAAUCAGGUUGAUUCGUUCUUUGCAAUGAGCGAAACUUUGUUGUGCAUUAAAGGUUCGCUUGAAAUACACGGAGCUGGUGACGUAAAAUUAGCAAAUAUUGUUGGAGCCUUUCUAUUCGAUUCAUGUACGUACAGUGAAAGUGCCAGGGAAAUGGAAACAGUUCGGGACCCUGGAAUAGUGAGUGCCGUACGUGCUAUGACUUGUUAUAACCAAGAAGAUUCCAAUCAUAUGGCUAUAGCCGGCUGGAAUUACCCGAAAGAUCCUAUUCUGAAUGUUAGCGACAAGUCCUUCAACCUUCAAAUACCUCUCAAACAUAUUUUCAGCAUUUUCAACGAUUAUUCAAUGAUUACAUGUGGGCGUCAAACAAUACGACUAGUUCGGGCACGAAAUGAUAAUGAUUGCUUAUAUAUUACUGAAAAGAAUGUCUCUGGAACGCUCUCCACUACAACAGCUAAAAUAAACAUUACAAGCGUUGAGCUGAAAGUUAAACAUAUCUCUCCUAAUGACGACAUAAAAUUAAAUCUCAUGAAAUCCAUUCAAAAAGAUCAACCUAUAGUUAUUCCAUUUAGGAAGUGGGAGUUACACGAAUUACCCUCAAUUACUAAAGGAGCAAGACAUGAAGUUUGGGCUGUCAAGACAUCCACUUCAGUUGAAAGACCUCGUUUUGUUAUUGUUUUCUUUCAAACCGGCAAAUGUAACUUGAGUACAGCUGACCCGACUUUAUUUGACAAUGCCGACGUACAAAGUAUAAGACUGUCACUUAAUGGUGAUUAUUGGCCCAAUGAAAGAAUGCAAUUGGAUUUCGCUAAAAAUGAUUACAAUGAAGCCUAA